AUGGCCUCAGAUCUCCGAUAUCAGUUCUUACAGACCCUAUCUGACGAAAGCGAUGAUGAGAAACGCGUGAUUAUACGUUUGUACAUCGUGCUGGAUGAGACCAACACUAUACACGACCGCUUUGUGAUAAAAAAGGUCACGACGGAUGACAGAGCCAUCUUCAACGAGCGACAGGCAGUUUGCCGGAUCAUCGACACCCUCCCCAAUUCCGGCGCAAUACUAAAACACAGGUUCUGGUCGUGUCAUGACCACGGCGAGCAUAUCGGCCUCACUUCGAAACACAGGUACGAGGUGAAAAGAUAUAUGGACUAUUGUUCUGCAGGCACGCUGUCCGACAUUAUUGAGAACUACAGUGCGGGGAAAUGGCAGCAGGACACUGACGACCAGAUUCCUGAACCCAUGUUUUGGAUCAUACUCAUCACACUCUCCGAAGCAAUUUACAAUCUCACAUGCGGGUUGACGUACACGCCGGGUGUAGAUGAUGCAGCAGAAGCCUUUGGUUGGAUACCAAAAGUGCAUCGCGACAUCAAGCCCAGCAACAUCUUCCUCGUGGAACCCCAGGAACCCUUCGCUUCUUUUCCACGGCCUGUGCUAGCAGACCUUGAUGACAUACUCGAGCUCUUUGGAUAUGAGGAGUACACCAAGAAGUACCACUUGUUCACCCGAGGCUACGCUGCACCCGAGAACAAUAUCGAGCUGCACACCCUAGACCCCGACUCACGAGGCUUCGAGUAUACCCGCAAGAAGACCUACGGCGGUAGGUUUGAGGAGGUUGGUGGAGAGGAAGAUGAGGAGGGCGCAGAAGUGCUUGGGAGGUUUUGA